AUGUAUUUGGAUAAACUCAGUAAAUCUCUGGACAUUCCAGAGGCUCUAGAUGUAAAUAUUCGUUCUCGAAUGGCCUCCGGAUGCGGCGUCAUGGAGGUGGCUUGUGGCUUGAGCCGACGUCGCUGGUAUGCUUUGGCGUGUGUCUUAGCGCGCUACGAGACGCGGGGUGUCAAGUCAGCCAGCGCCGGGGAUUCUGUAACUGGCCCCUUGGAGAUUAGUCGACGUCAAAGCGGACCUGGCCGAGUCAUUGCGUUGGGUAGGAUUGACGGUUUCAUCCACCCCGCCACUGUUUUCGGCCGACUCUGGGGAAGAGUACGUUAUGCUGUGGGAGGAAAUGUGGACCGAGUCGAUGUCAUCGGGGGAUUUGUACCCGAGAUGAAUGGACGUGGUCUCUGUAGUUUUGAGUGCAAUGAGGGCGAUUGA